CCCCCUCUCUCCAUUCCUGUCGCCAGUAUCAGGGCGGAUCCGGAGUGGCCGCGGCUUGCAGCUCCUUCCCAGGGCGCUCUGCUCUCUCUCCCCUUUUAACGCAACGUUGCUCCGGUUCUUCUCGCUUCACUUCGAAUGGAAGGUUUCCAAGCAGGAUAAACAGCAAGUUGGGCUUCCUCUGCGCCGGAUGGUUUCGGUUGCUCUUUGCGAUCUGCAGCGAUCGGCCUGGAAACGGCAACUUUUACUGGAUUUUAAAUUCGCGGAGCCUGAAGAUCCCCGAGGAAGUCGCUUCAAACCGGUGCAAGCGGGAGGCGGAGCGCUCAGGGUGAAAAAAGAGGUUUAGGGCCAGGAAUGACCGACUGGAGACGCUUUGCAGCGAAAGUAGCGACGGGUUGCAAAUGCCGGGGAAGUCGGUAAAUGGAGAAGUCGGGGGUCAGAGCAGAGGGGAAGCCGGAAGGCGGUAGAAGUGAAAGGGAAGGUGGAGAGUCCGAGGCAGGCGGGAGCUUGGCGAGCCGAGGGGGGGCCGCGUGAAGAGCCGAAGCAUUGGGAUGUGAUGCGAAGCCAAAGUCGCGAGGAGGGGGGCGCCGAAGGAUUGGGGUGCAUUCGCCCUCGUUCUUGGGGAAAGCCUUCGAGACAGGCUCGGGAUUAGAAGCAAGAGUUUUGCCUGCUCCGGGGUGGUUUGGUUGCAUUGAGCGGGGCAAAGGAGGAGGCUCCGCUGCGGCCGGACACGCCAGGGAAGUUUGGGAGUCCGCUAAACUGAGCCGGACUUGAUGGCCGCUGCCGGCGGCAUGAGGCUGGACGGCGGCGGCGGCGGCGGGGAAGCGAGCUGGUCGCCUUCGUGCAUCAGCUGCACGUUGCCCACCAUUUCCUCCAACAAGCUGCCGGACCUGCGCUUCAUCAGCCGGGGCACCUACGGCACCGUCUCUUCGGCGCGUCACGCGGACUGGAGGAUCCCCGUGGCUGUCAAGUGUCUGCAGGGGCCGCUGCUGGAGAGUGACAGAAAGUGUCUCUUAAAAGAAGCUGAAAUUUUACACCAAGCAAGAUUCAGCUACAUUCUACCUAUCCUGGGAAUUUGCAAUGAGCCUGAAUUUCUGGGAAUAGUGACAGAAUACAUGCCUAAUGGGUCAUUAAACCAACUUUUACAUGGAAAAAAUGUAUAUCCUGACAUUGCUUGGCCUCUGAGGUUUCGCAUGCUGUAUGAAAUAGCUUUGGGAGUAAACUAUCUUCAUACCAUGAGUCCUCCACUUUUGCACCAUGAUUUGAAGACACAGAAUAUUUUACUUGACAGUGAGUUUCACAUUAAGAUUGCAGAUUUUGGUUUGUCAAAAUGGCGCACAGUGUCCAUAUCACAGUCACGUGGAGAGAAAAUUAUGUCUGAGGGAGGGACUAUUAUGUACAUGCCACCUGAAGAUUAUAAUCCUAACCAGAAAACACGUGCGAGUGUGAAACAUGAUGUAUACAGUUUUGCCAUUAUUAUGUGGGAAGUGAUGUCAAGAAGACAGCCUUUUGAAGAUGUUAUAAACCCCUUGCAGAUUAUGUAUACCGUGAUGCAAGGAAAGCGUCCAGACACUGGUGAAGAGUAUUUAUCACUUGACAUCCCUCACCGAGGAUUGAUGAAGUCUUUAAUCGAAAGCAGCUGGGCACAAAAUCCAGAUGAAAGGCCUUCUUUUUCACAAUGCUUGAUAGAGCUUGAGCCAGUGCUGAGAACAUUUGAUGAGAUACCUAUGCUUGAAGCAGUUCUACACUUAAAGAAGACUAAAGUACAAUAUGAGUGGCGAUGUGUUCACUUACCGAGCAAGAUGUCCAGCGAUCAGUCAAUCUCUCUUAACAUUCCAGUAAAUGCGAGUUUGCAACAGGAAGCAUGUGAUUCUUUAUUCCAAAAUGAUGGACUUCCUCUGCAAAGCAUUCCCCCAGAAAUGUCAGAACUUUGCCUUGCAUCACAGUACAAUAUUCUCUCAGAAGGUAGUCAUGAUCCAUCAGGUGGGCCGUGUUCGCUGGUUACACUGAAGAAAAAUAACUCUCUGUUCCCAAGUACACAUUCUUACAUAUCACAACAAAGUUCCUCCUCAUCGGCCAGUUCUAAUUCUUCUAAUGCUUCAUUGCAAUUGCUGCAGCCAUCAGUAGUUAAUUCAGAUCUUCUAUUGAGGACUGUGCGCCAUGGGAUUACUCAUCAGUGGACCCAAAGUAAAAGAGAGGAAAUUGUUGACCAGAUGACUGAAGCUUGUCUUAACCAGUGUCUGGACGCCCUCUUGUCAAGGGAUUUAAUCCUGAAAGAAGAUUAUGAACUUAUCAGCACCAAACCUACACGGACAUCAAGAGUCAGGCAACUGCUUGAUACUACAGAUAGCCAAGGAGAGGAAGUUGCUAAAAUUAUAGUGCAAAAACUGAAAGACAACAAGCAGAUGGGACUUCAUCCUUAUCCAAAUAUAUCUACUGUGAAUAAGCCCACAUCUCUAAAUUGAUAGAAGUUGGAGUAAAGAACUCAAUGUUUUCUGACAAGAAGGAUUUUUGUUUCAGAAAUGUCAUUUCAUUGUUAUUUGCCUUAUCGCUCCAGUAUGGUUCUUUUAAAAGGUCUGAUAAGUGAAAGUAUGGUAUGUAAUACCAUUGUAAUUUUAAACCUUUAAAAAGACUAUUUUUACACCAAACACUCAGAAUUUGAUACGCAUGUAUUUUGUGGACCUAUAUUUAGAGACAAUUCAUAAAAUAUUGUGAAAAUA